AUGGCUCAGUUUCAUCCAACUAUCUCACGAGAAUCACUACAAGGCAAAGUCAUAGUCUUGACUGGAGGUGCCAACGGCAUAGGAAAAAGUCUAGUCGAAUUAUGUGUUCAACACGGAGCCUAUGUUUUUUUCGGUGACAUUGACGAGAAAGCUGGUCGAGACGUCCAAGAUGCUGUUAAUCAAAGUCAAGACUCGCCGAGGGCAAGAUUCGUGGCCGUUGAUGUUACGAAUUACCAUUCGGUAUUGUCAUUAUUCAAGAUAGCGUUCUCUUUAUACGGACGCGUUGAUCAUGUUAUCGCCAAUGCGGGCAUUAUUGAACGAGGGAACUGGUUCGACCCGGCGUUGACAGUGGAAAGCGUUGAAGAGAUACCCCCUACCACAGUUGUUGACGUCAACCUUCUCGGCUCGCUAUACUGCGCGCGUAUAGCAAGCGUCUAUCUACGCCAGAAUCGAUCCAAAGAUGAAGACCGCUCUUUAACUCUCGUCUCAUCCGUAGCCGGCUUCAAAGAAUCCCCCGGCCUGUUCCUCUACCAAGCUAGCAAGCACGGCGUUCUAGGGUUGAUGCGCUCUUUACGCAAGUACAUUAGUCUACCGACGACUCACAACGUUCGUAUUAAUGCUAUCUGUCCCUGGAUGACAGAAACAGCGAUGGUGGCUGGUAUCGAGGAGGGAUGGCGCAAAGCGAACUUGCCCAUUAACCGACCCUUGGAUGUGGCUAAAGUUAUUGCUGGUGUUUUAUCGGCCACAGAAUUAAACGGAGUGUCGAUGUAUGUGGAGGGUGGACGAGCGUGGGAGUUUGAGCGGAAUUUGGACAGAUUGCAGGCUCAGUGGUUGGGCGAGGAGGCUUCGAGGUCACUUGAAAUGGGGCAGGCGGUUUUGGGGGAGGGGAUGGAAUGGGCACAGUGA